UGACACACAAGUUAAGGUUGAAAGUUGAAGGGGAACAUGGCAGCUGGCGUCAGCUCUAAACAUGGGUUAUUAAGCAGCAAAACGUCGCUGUACCACACUCUCCACAGAAAGAUAUCACCCACCAGCGUGUGUGUCCAGAGAGCGGCUGAAAUACGGAGUGUGAGGGCGGCGACGAGCGCGACUCCGGACUCACAACACAACGAGAAGUUCUGUCUGGAGCUGGUCAGGUCCAGAGACUAUGACGGCUUCGUGUCCUCUCUCCUCCUCCCAGAGGAGGUGCGGCGUUCCUCUUUGGCUCUGAGAGCCUUUAAUGUGGAGCUGGCACAGGUGAAGGACUCAGUUUCCCAGAAGACCAUUGGUCUGAUGCGGAUGGAGUUCUGGAAGACAGCCAUAGAGGAAAUCUACAGAGAUGAGCCUCCGAACCAGCCGGUCACUAACGAGCUGUGGAGGGCGGUGAGGAAACACUACUUGACAAAGAGGUGGCUGCUGAAGAUCAUCACUGAGAGAGAAAAGGAUAUGGAUGACAGAGCCUACAGGAACCUCCAGGACCUGGAGACGUAUUCAGAGAACACACAGUCGUCCUUGAUAUACUUGAUGCUGGAGUGUUUAGGUUUGAAAAACGUGCACGCCGACCACGCAGCCAGUCACAUCGGCAAAGCUCAGGGGAUCGUCACGUGUCUGCGAGCGACUCCGUAUCACAGCAGCCGACGGAAAGUCUACCUGCCCAUGGACAUCUGCAUGCUGCACGGAGCGUCUCAGGAGGACUUUAUCCGCGGCAGCCGGGAGCAGAACGUCCGGGACGUCGUGUACGACAUCGCCAGUCAGGCUCACGUACAUUUACAGCACGCUCGAUCUUUUAGCAGCAACGUUCCACCAGCUGCCACGCCGGCCUUCCUCCAGACGGUGGUGUUGGAGGACUACCUGCAGAGAGUGAGGAAGGCAGAUUUCGAUGUUUUCCACCCCAGUCUGAAGAACAGAAACCCCCUGAUCCCCAUCCAGCUGUACCUCCGCUCCUGGAAGAAGACAUACUGACAUCAGACCCUCACCCCAACCCGCCCCACCCGACCCCAGCCCACCCACCUCAACCCACGCACAGCCCAGUGAUUCCAGAUUGACUGACACUCUGAGAGCUGGAGGACUGAAGUCCAGAGACGUCACCUCUCCCGGGGGGGGGGUUUUGAACCACGGCGUCGCCUCUGAAGUCUGAAGUCUGCCUCUUUAUUAAAACAUCAACAGUUCCACAGACACCAACCGUCACUUCUCAGCCUCUGACUCCCACACUGCAGCUUUACUCCUCAUAAAACUCAGGCAGGUUCAUCUACUGUCAAAGACGAGAGAGGCAGAGGUGUUGUGAUGAUCAGAGUCCCAAGUAUUUCAUCUUCACAUUUAUUACCGUUAAGGUCUUAUUCUUUUACAGCUUUAGCCGUCAUUUCUCUCAGUAUUAAGAAACUGGCACUUCCAACUUUAAAUACUGAGAUUUGCACAUGAGCAGAGAUCAGAAACAAAGUUCACGUUUGUAAGAGCCACAGUUUCUCAUGCAGGAUUUCCUCGUCUUGUAAACAGACGUGGAGCGCUACGUUACAAACCUGCGGUUCUCCCAAACGCAUUCAAACACAUGACUUGAUAAAAACACACAUUGCUGCUCGACAGAGAGAAAUGGAUCAGGGACUCCUGGUUUUAGUGCUGCACCACUCAGUGUAAAGUGAGGGAUUAAAACCGACACUUCAGGCGCUCUCACUUUCAAUAAAGCACUUCAGAUGGAGUCAGGAUUUCAGGAGUCGGCUCUCUAUAUUCACUUGUCAGUUUGUUUAUCCUGAUUCCUAUCUGUAGAUAUUAUUUUCACGAGCUCCCGGCGUUGUUAUCGACGUCUCUUCUCCGACAACCCUCACCUGUAAAAUAUGAGAGAGAUGUUAUUCACAGUUGAUGUCGGCUCGGCUCACCUCCCGCCCCGCCCUCUGUUUUUUUUUAAUGUCUCUGUUCAUCCUCUGUGACGUGAAGUUGAAAGGUAAAAGUUGGCGCCCUGGUCGUAGCUUUGUUAUAAAAAUAAAAAUAAAAUAAAAUCCUGGGUGCGCGGCGGACGCUGAGAGCCAGACGCUGGUUUUGGGGGGGUUGUGCCACCGAAGCAUCUCAUCUUUAUCUUCCCGUGAAAACAUCUCUCUCCUUUUGGCGCUGCAUUUCACUGCUGAUGCAUCAACUCGUCGACUUUCAGGGAGCAGCCACCGGUUUAGAUCAUGUGACUGAACGACCACAGUAAGAUCCAAGUCGUACCUGUAGAGGAGGAGGAAGCUGUGGAGUCAGUCUGGCACCAACAUGACCAGUCCUGGUUGAAAAGCUGCCUCUACAGCUCUCUGUGGGUUUCUAUGGCAACAGAGGAGAUUUACUUAUCCAGUUAUUUAGUAUUAAAAAGAAAACUUUCACCACAAAUUACCCCCGACCCCCCCAAUGUUUCAUGAAAACAGACGUGCUCUGAUAGUGUGAGACCUGUGCCAGUCAGGAGUUGGUUUGUUGGAUUACCUCCUUCCUCUCUCGGAUGCAGAGUUAUUGAAGCGGCAGAAAGAGAAGAUUACAGAGCGCUGAUGUCAUUUCAUAAUCAAAUUUCACUCCGCAGAGGAGGCAGCACCGAUCGAGUGGAAGAAAAGGAUGUCAGAAAGAUAAUGAGGUGGAUGACGUGCGGAGAGGCAGCGGCACUUUAUCUGUGAACAGGCCGGAGACGGAUCACACCUGUGGAGACCUGUCCGACGUUUCCCACUGUACAAACUGUGUGUGUGUGUGUGUGUGUGUGUGUGUGUGUGUGUGUGUGUUGCGGUGUCGUCCUCAGCUGCUGUUAUCAAACCAAACGGAGGCCAGAGCGGACAGGAAGCUGUAACACGUCUGUUGUUUAGCACCUGAAGGAUCAAAUAAAACGAUGAAUCAGA